CAUUUUGUGGUUUUUAAUAGAGGGCGCUUUCAUUGCCUCGGCCACGUAAGUCAGGGUCGUAAUUUCCAUCGUAUUUCUACGAUAUCACGUUAAUUUUACGUGUUGUGAGAAUAUGUGAGAAUGGUAUAGUUAUACAAAUUUGUGUAGAAAGUUUUAACGUGUCUUUCCACCUUUCCCACCACUGCAAGAUAAGCCAUGUCUAACAUUACAAAUCCGUACAAUACUGGCCCACAACACCCAAAUUUGGGCCCAUACCAGUUUAAUCAACCAAACCAAUUACCUGGAUUACCAAAUAAACAAGAUGCUAACUCCAAUAAUCCGUACCAAGUUCAGGGACUCAACAACCAAUCAAACCACAAUAGCCAAAGUGCUAGUAGUUCACCAGCGUUCAACCAUCCGAGUAUGAUGCCUACACCACCUCCUAACAUACUGUCAUCAUCAAUGAGGCAGCCAGUAAAGCCUAUUAUAAAUCAAUCUCUACUACCUAAUAUCCAGAACAUUCCACCAUCAAACCCAAGCCCAAGGCCUAUGAUUAAUACUACAAGUUCCUCUCCAUAUCAUCCAAAUCCACAAAUUCGCCAGAUAAAUGACAAUGCUCCUCCUCUUAUAUCUUCUAGUCAAUAUAAUCAACCACUAAUGAAUGGUCCAUCUAGUUUGACAUCAAAAGCCCCAAUGAAUCAAUACCCAGUAUCUUCAACUUCUAUUUUACCACCACCUAUUGGAAACCAGGCCACUGUUAGUGCAUUAACUCAAAUGCCACCUUUUCCUUUAACAUCCAUGUCUUCAAAUCCAACUAGCCAACACAAUGCACCUUUAGGUUCCAUGCCAAGAAGGAAUAGCCCUAUUGUCCCUGGACCACCAACAAGUUCUUCUAUUCCUAAUGUGGGUCCACCACGAAAUAAUGCCUUAAAUGGCCCUCCUGUGCCAGGCGCACCAUUUUCAUCCAUGUCUGGGCAAGUAGGUCCUCCCAGGAGUAUUAACAGUGGUCCAUCAUCUUUACCUGUUGGUCCUAUGAGUGGUAUUCAGAUGAGACCAACAACUAGCCAACCCAUGCAAUCACACAUUCUUCCUCCAAGAAUGACAGUAAAUACACCUAUUCAUCCUAAUAUUGGUCAAGGACCCCCAAACCAAUCUAUGGGCUAUCCAGGCCCUAAUAUGAGUGGUCCUCAAAGCUUGACUGGACCAGAAAUGGCACCUAUUGGACAGAUAAACAAACAAGGACAACAACAGAGCAACAUGCAGAAUAGAUAUCCUCUAAUGCCGCCAAGCAAUUUCCCUCCUCAACAAGCAAAGCAAAAUGUGACAGGAUUAUCACAACAAAUGGGAAAUUUAAGUGUAACUCAACAAGGAUUUAAUCAAUUAUGGGGUCACCAGAUGGUAGAUCUUCUCCAGUGUCGUCACAUUCUCCCUGAAUAUCCUGAGGAACCUCCUGAAAUUCGACUGGCUGCACCAUUUGCAGAUGCCUCUAACUGUAGCCCUGAAAUAUUUCGAUGUACAAUAAACCGUAUUCCCGAUACGAAUUCCCUUCUGCAGAAGUCCAGGUUACCUCUUGGUAUACUCAUACAUCCAUUCAAGGACUUGAACCAUUUGCCCGUGAUCCAGUGCACGACGAUAGUGCGAUGCCGCGCUUGUCGCACCUACAUCAACCCGUUCGUGUACUUCGUCGACGCCAAGCGGUGGAAGUGCAACCUGUGCUACCGCGUCAACGACUUACCUGAAGAGUUCCAAUACGACCCCGUGAGCAAAACGUAUGGCGACCCGACGAGGCGGCCAGAGAUAAAGUCUGCCACCAUAGAGUUCAUAGCGCCCAGCGAGUACAUGCUGCGACCGCCGCAGCCCGCCGUCUAUCUGUUCCUACUGGACGUGUCGCAGAUCGCCAGGGAGUCUGGAUACUUGCAGGUCGUAAGCGACGUGUUGAAUGCGAACUUGGACCAACUACCCGGCGAUGCGCGCACGCAGAUCGGCUUCAUCUGCUACGACUCGCACGUGCACUUCUACCUGAUCGGCGAGGGACUCACCAAGCCGAAGGAGAUGACGGUGCUGGAUAUCGAUGACAUCUUCCUGCCGUCGCCCGAGUCGCUGUUGGUGAACGUGGGUGAGCGGCGCGACAUGGUCCGCGAGCUCAUUGCAGCGCUGCCGCAGCGACACGCGCCGCCGGGCCCGCCCGCGUCGGCGCUUGGUGCGGCGCUGCAGGCCGCAUACAAGCUCAUGGCACCCACUGGUGGAAGAAUAACAGUAUUCCAAACUUGUUUACCGACCAUCGGUCCCGGUGCGUUACAGUCAAGAGAAGAUCCAAACGCACGUUCGUCGAAGGACGUGAAUCACCUCAACCCGGCCACAGACUUCUACAAGCGAUUGGCUCUGGACUGCAGCGGCGCUCAGAUAGCAGUCGAUCUGUUCCUGCUCAGCUCGCAGUAUUGCGAUCUGGCGACACUGAGCGGCAUCAGCAAGUUCAGCGCGGGCACGAUCUACCACUUGCCGCUGUUCCGCGCGAGUCGCUCGUGGCAGAGCGCGCAGCUCACCAACACUUUGACGAGAUACCUCACGCGGAAGAUCGGCUUCGAAGCCGUCAUGAGGGUCCGCUGUACCAGGGGUAUAGCGAUCCACACGUUCCACGGCAACUUCUUCGUGCGGUCGACGGACCUGCUGUCGCUGCCCAACGUGUCUCCCGACGCCGGCUUCGGCAUGCAGCUGGCCAUAGAGGAGUCACUCUCCGACCUGCAGCAGGUGUGCUUCCAAGCGGCACUGCUCUACACCAGCAGUAAAGGUGAACGAAGGAUACGAGUGCACACACUGGCGCUGCCGAUAGCCAGCACGUUGACCGAUGUGUUGCACGCGGCGGACCAGCACUGUAUUAUCGGAUUACUCAGCAAAAUGGCGGUGGACAGAUGCGCGAGCGCGUCGAUGUCGGAGGCUAAGGAGGCCAUCAUCACCGUGGCGGUGGACGUGCUGUCCGCUCACCGCCUGUCUCAGAACCUGCCGGCCGGCCACCUGUCCGGUGCUCUACACGCGCCCGUGUCGCUGCGCCUGCUGCCGCUGUACCUGCUCGGUCUUAUCAAAUCGAAAGCUUUACGAACGGGAACUUCCACGCGUCUGGACGAACGCGUGGCCGCCAUGUGCGACCUGAAAACAUUGCCGCUGUCGCAGCUGAUGCGGGCCGUGUACCCGGACCUGUACCCUGUCCACACGCUCACGCACUACAAGCAAGACGCCUCCACCGCUCCCGACCCGCCCAGACUACAGCUCUCCGCUGAGAGAAUAGACUCAGACGGUGCGUAUCUGUUAGACGACGGUGAAACAAUGCUGAUCUACGUCUGCAAUGCGGUGAGCCCCGCCUUCCUCUCGGAGUGCCUGGGAGUGACGGCCUUCACUCAGCUGAGGGACGAGUCCAGAGAACUGCCGCAGGUCGACUCCGACUAUUGUAGCCUGCUUCACUCCUUCGUUGAGAAGCUCAAUGACGACAGGCCACACCCUUCCAAUAUACUCAUCAUAAGAGAUAACUCACCAUCACGUCUGCAAUUCACCGAGCGUCUAGUCGACGAUCGAGUUGAGGCGGCCUUCUCCUACUACGAAUUUUUACAGCACAUCAAAAAUCAAGUGAAAUGAGUGUUAAAACUACACCUCGGAGUGUACAAAAGCGGCAGAAUUUAUCAAAACGAUUAUAUAUAUUUAUAUUUGUAUUAAGAGCCUUCUUGAACAUCGUGCGCGUUUGAUCGAUACGAAUAUGUUAUUGGUAAUAAUCGCUUUAACAUGAUAAAAGAUAUUUAAAUAUUAAAUUAAUUGAGCGUCAUUAUUUCCAAGACAAGGGCUGCUGUCUCUCUGUAGUCGUUUGAAAUACAGACGCAAAGGGUAAAGCCCUUUGCGUCUUGACCCAUUUUCUCGUAAAAUAGUCGCACAGCAAACAUCGAGAAACGUAUCAAAAUUGGUUUUAACUCCAUUGUAUACCACCUGCAGUUAAUGUUAAAACGUGUAUUUAUUUAAUAUUACGGGUGGCAUACAAAAGAACUAAUUAUUUAUUUUAUAUAUUUGGAACGAUAUUAAUAUUCAAUUACAUAUUGAAGGUAUUCAAAAAUGUUUUAUCAAAUUUAAAGAUAUUUAAUACUUGUAGUUUUGAUUUUAGAUUAGUCCGAACGACGGAAACGCUUAGAGCUUGUCCAGAGGGGGCGAAAUUGCGGUGAUUCUUUGUUGCGUAUCACGCGCGAACGUUGCGUCGAAGGAUCAUACAAACGCAGGAGCUAAAAACACUCCGUACCAAAAUUUUGGCGCUCCAUUUCACUCGAUACGUGCACUCGCUCUGGAGUUCACGCGUUAACUGGAGAAAACAAGGCAUCUCUACUCUCUAGUAUCUCGAAUCGCGCGCAACGUGCCAUUGUCGAGUCUGGCGAAGUGCACGCGAUUUACGCGCGUAUGUUGAUGUCGUGCAAUGCUUUUACGCGAUAAAUAUAGCGCGUAAAGGCAACAACUAAAGGAUACUUUGAUACGCCCUGCCCAUAACAAUGCAAUUCCGCUCAGGACUCGUUGAAAAACCCAAAAAUUAUGAGCGGCACUACAAUAAUAGCGCUCGUCACCUUGAGACAUACGAUGUUAAGUCUCAUUUGCCCAGUAAUUUCACUAGCUCGGCGCCCUUCAGACCGAAACACAGUAAUGCUUAAACAUUACUGCUUCACGUUGUGGCCAUAAUCUAGCCGGCAUCCUGUGCAAAGGAGCCUCCUAAUGGAAAAUCUUGCUAACGCGUUGCAUUCUUGCAUUCAUUCGCGAGAAACGUUUCGCGGCGAAUUCGCCCCUUCUGGACAAUGUCUUAUACGAUCAUUUUGUUAUGUUGAGGCAGUGUUGUCAGAAAAAAAAUUGAAAUAUUCCAAUUAGAAUCGCGAUGGUCAGGGAGGCUCGUCUUAAGACUAUGAAUUUAUUUUACCGCUCCGUAUAAAGAGCGUUUGAGUCGAGCUUGUGAGUCGGUUUAUUUGUAAAUUAUUUUAUAGGGCAACUAUCAAUUGUAAAUUCUUUAUAAUGUGAAUUAAUUACUUAGAUGGUUUUGUACUGGUUCGUUUAUUGUAAAUAGUAUGAGCAUCCUUUAAUGUAUUUAAAUAAAACUUAUGAACUGA